AUUUUUGUAGAUAUUAACUUGUUUUUCGCUGUUGAUUUUCAGUCUUUUCGAGGCAUUCGAAAGGCACAAGUACUCCUGCUGAAUAAGACAAAUUAAAAAUGAAGCUUUUUUCCAUUGUUUUCUUCAUUUUUUCCAUACUUGGCUGUGUUUCAGCUUUGAAAAACCCUGUCUGCGGAGUUAAAUAUCGAGGAGUUGGCCUAUGUAAAAUGUUAAUCACGAAAAUAGUUUAUAUACCCACUGAAAACAAAUGCAAAACGGUGCACAUUAGUGGAUGUUCGGCCGAAGGAACUUUCUUCAAAAGCAUCAAGGAGUGUGAAGCUAAAUGCAAGGAAUAUUAAAUUAAGAUUUUAGGAAUUUAAAAAAGUGUUUCAAAAUAUAAAUAGCCGCGAUUACUAUAGUAAUAUUAAUACCACGUAUAAUUGUUUUAGUUGCGGUUUCUUUUGUAUAUAUUUAAUUGUUUUGAGAUGUUAUCUUUCAGUUUUCAGAAGCAUUUUAAGAAUAAACAAGUGUUAAUUUUAUUCUGACACAAAAAAAGAAUGUGUGCUUCAGUUAC